AUGGGCAAGCACCGUUAUGGAGUAAUCUUGGACGCUGGCUCGUCUGGAAGUCGAGUCUACAUAUACCGAUGGCUCAACGCGCAGGCCGCACGGGCGAAGGACGGCGUAGAGGACGUUGCACAGCUGCCAGAGAUCAAGACGAAGAAGAAAUGGAGGAAGAAGGUGCAUCCAGGCAUAUCUACGUUUGGCCCGAAGCCUGAGAGAGUCGGACCAGACCAUCUGAAAGAGCUAGUCGCCUUUGCGCUUGAGCAGGUGCCUGCGGACGAGGUUCCCAACACGCCCAUCUUCUUGCUCGCGACGGCGGGCAUGCGGUUACUGCCCGAUGAUCAGAGCGCGGCAGUACUGGAGAACACUUGCGCGUACUUUCAGAAGGAGACGAACUUCCAACUGCCGGAUUGUGGUCUACACGUACAGGUGAUACCAGGCGAGACAGAAGGACUAUACGGCUGGAUAGCAGCCAACUACUUGUUGGGCGGUUUCGACGCUCCAGAGAAACAUGAUCAUGGCAAGGGACAUCACACUUACGGCUUUCUGGACAUGGGAGGUGCUUCUGCUCAGAUUGCUUUUGCACCUAAUUCUACCGAAGCGGGGAAGCAUGCGAAUGAUCUAAAGCUAUUGAGAUUGCGGAAGAUCAACGGCGAUGCAUUAGAGUACAAGGUCUUCGUCACGACAUGGCUAGGCUUCGGCGCAAAUGAGGCAAGACGGCGAUAUGUGCAAGGACUGCUGGACUCAUAUCCCCAUGCGCAAGAGCUACCAGAUCCGUGCUUGCCUACAGGCUUGACGGUCAACCAGACUGGCAGUACUUUUGCAGAAUGUCUGAAACGAACAUUCCCCCUGCUGGAGAAGGAGAGACAUUGCGAUGAUGCACCUUGCUUACUAAAUGGACAACAUACACCUGCUAUCGAUUUUGAUGUGAAUCACUUCGUUGGCGUGUCCGAGUAUUGGCACACCACACAUGAGAUGUUCGCAAUGGCACACAAAGAUAAGGCGUACGACUUCCAUACGUACCAGAAACAGGUCACCGAGUUCUGCUCUCGUGACUGGAGAGAUAUCGUCAGCGACGUGGGUGCUCAGAAAUGGGGCAGCAAGGUUGAUGAGAAGACUGUGGAGGAGGUAUGCUUCAAAGCCAGUUGGCUUAUCAACAUGCUACAUGAUGGUAUUGGUGUGCCACGGAUUGGCCUUGAGCCGGUCAAUGAGCCUGGCCACGGUCACGCAAACAAGACAAAAGCUGUACUCGAUAGCGCCAAAGAAAGAGGUUUCCUGGAUCCUUUCCAAGCAGUUGACAAGAUUGACGGCACUGAAGUGAGCUGGACGCUCGGCAAGAUGGUGCUGUAUGCUUCUUCCCGGAUGCCGGCUGCUGACGAUGCGCUAGCUGUCGGCUUUGGCAGCAAUACUGCUGGAAAGAAUCUACCAGCCGACUUCCAGUAUGCUGGCGGCAAGUAUGAAGCUCUACCUACGGAUCUGGAUGAUGGUGCUGGAGAGGAUGAUUGGCACGACCGCAUCUUCAAUGGUAGCUACUCGCGUCGUGGCCCGGGCAUUGCCAUUUUCAUGAUCAUUGUUGUCUUCGCUGUCUAUCUCCUAUGCGGCCGCGAAAGGAGACUGAGCUUAUACCACAAGGCCUUGUCCCUCAUCGGACGAAGAUCUGGAACACGAAGACGAAAGCCGCCUGGCUUCCUGAACAGUAAGCUCUUUGGAGGCACGUCACCCACAUACGAGCGCGUACUUGAGUCUGGGAACCCAGACGACUUCGAGCUCAGCGACAUCGACGAUGAGCCGGCCUCAGGCUCUAGCAAUGGUUUGGAAGCGCCUCGAACAGGCCGUUCAUCAGGCUGGGCCACACCUGCUGCCUCUCGAUCAUUUUCGCCCGACGUGUCUCGGCAGUCGCCAAAGAACAAGGGCUAUUUUGACUCAUCUGGAAGCCAUGGCCUGGGCAUCACGCCUUUUGAUCGUGGUGGGUUGGUUGUGCGAACGGAGAGCAAAGAGAGGUUGGCACCUCGUGAUGCCGGCAGAAGUCGAACUUCUAGUCCGACGAGGAAGAGUCCGCUUAUGGCACCUUUCAAGGAGAGCGUGGAUUGA